CCCGGCGCGCGCAGGGGGACCGCCGUUAAGAAGGUCACCGCUGCGGGACGAUGGCUUCCAGCUUUCGGAAGCCAAGUGUGGCCUCGACCAGCCAGAAAAAGAAGGCGGGCCCUAAGCCUGAACUCACUGAAGAUCAGAGGCAAGAAGUUCGUGAAGCCUUUGACCUCUUCGAUGCCGAUGGAAGCGGGACCAUCGACGUGAAGGAGCUGAAGGUGGCCAUGAGGGCGCUGGGCUUCGAGCCCAAGAGGGAAGAGAUGAAGAAGAUGAUCUCCGAGGUGGACAAGGAGGGCACCGGGAGAAUCUGCUUCGAUGACUUCUUGGCCGUGAUGACUCAAAAGAUGGCCGAGAAAGACACCAGAGAAGAGAUCCUGAAGGCUUUCAGGCUCUUUGACGACGACGAGACUGGGAAGAUCUCCUUCAGGAACCUAAAGCGCGUGGCCAACGAGCUGGGGGAAAACCUCAACGACGCGGAGCUGCAGGAAAUGAUCAACGAAGCGGAUCGGGAUGGAGACGGCGAAGUGAACGAGGAAGAGUUCCUCCGUAUCAUGCAAAAGACCAACCUGUACUAAAGCCUGCGGUUCCCCCCAACCCCCCACCCCCCCCCACCCCCGGGUGGGGGACUUGGGGACUCGCUAGGCUCCCCGCUUCUGCUCUGGGAAACCCCGAGUCAGAAGACAGCUCUCUCCCUCCUCUCACCUCCAAGUUGUCUAGAUGCUUCUAUUCCCAAAUGUUUGGCUCAAGUAUAGAAUUUUAAAGAUGCUUUCAAAUGUGA